AUGUCCGAAAGCGAAUCCGAUGGCUAUAUAUACGAUAGUGUACUCCCUGCGCUGACUGCCAAAGUACAAAACUUCAUUGUAUUCUGUAACCAGGAAGGCUUGAAGAUUGAAGGUCACUCUUACCACAAUAACGUUCAAAAGUAUCUACCCCUCCUCGAGCCAAUACGCAGAAAGAACAAUCGCAUUCUGAAGAACCAGCCAGUCGUGGAAUCUCAGCCUUUGAAAUGGUGA